CGCGGGCCGUUGGGGGCGGGGCCAACGGCGAGUCUUCCGCGAUGCUGGGCGCCCAUUGGUUGGGCCUCGAGAGCGCGUCCCGUGAGGGGCGGGGCAGGGCUGCAGCCUCGCCCUCCGGCUGCGCGUCCUCCUCAUUCCCGCUCCCGAGGCUUCGGCUUCAGCCACUGCGACUGCGGCGGAGGAGCGCAACACCGGCUCGCGCAGCAUGGAGAAGCGGCACGCAGACGACGCCCAAACCCGGCAGCUGCCCGACUCCCUCAAGGGAGACACCCCCCAGAGAGGCCUUGGAGUUUGUGGAUGGAUUUUGGUGGCUGUCUCAUUCCUGUUCACACUUGUAACAUUCCCACUAUCGAUAUGGAUGUGCAUAAAGAUUAUAAAGGAGUAUGAAAGAGCCAUCAUCUUUAGACUGGGCCGCAUUUUACAAGGAGGAGCCAAAGGACCUGGUUUGUUUUUCAUUCUGCCUUGCACUGACAGCUUCAUCAAAGUGGACAUGAGGACCAUUUCUUUUGACAUCCCUCCUCAGGAGGUCCUCACAAAGGAUUCAGUGACAAUCAGCGUGGACGGUGUGGUCUAUUACCGCGUUCAGAAUGCGACCCUGGCUGUGGCAAACAUCACCAACGCCGACUCGGCGACCCGUCUUCUGGCACAGACUACUCUCAGGAAUGUUCUGGGCACCAAGAACCUUUCCCAGAUCCUCUCUGACAGGGAAGAAAUUGCCCACAACAUGCAGUGCACGCUGGAUGACGCCACCGACGACUGGGGCAUAAAGGUGGAGCGUGUGGAAAUUAAGGACGUGAAGCUACCCACACAGCUCCAGAGAGCUAUGGCUGCAGAGGCAGAAGCAUCUCGGGAGGCCCGAGCCAAGGUCAUUGCAGCUGAGGGAGAAAUGAAUGCAUCCAGAGCUCUAAAAGAAGCCUCCAUCGUUAUCACAGAGUCUCCUGCAGCCCUUCAGCUCCGGUACCUUCAGACGUUAACCACCAUUGCUGCUGAGAAAAACUCCACAAUUGUUUUCCCUCUGCCUAUAGAUUUGUUGCAAGGCAUCAUGGGAGCAAAACACUGAGCCUUUUAGGCCAGUGCUGAGAUGAGCUAUGCACAUCUGAAGAAGACGUAGGGAACCAAGUUAGCCUUCAGCUCACAAGGAGAGUAGAGCAGGGACCCUUGACUAUCCUCCCUCCCUGUCCUUUUCUGUAUGUUAAAGUUUUUAGAAUGUGUAGUGAUCAUAUCAACAGUGGAAGGAAUUGCUGGCUUGUAAAUCCUGAGAGGAAGAGAGAUUGGUGAUUUACAUAUGAGAUAAUUUCCUAUUCUUUAAAAUACUCAAGGAUUUGUAUUUUAGAUUACCCUGGAAUAGGUCAAAUCCUUCUCCUUUUGACUUCCACUGAGUCAUUCUGAACCGUCAUUAGCAGCCAGACCCGAGGCAAGAACACAGGCUCACACUCCGUCCUGCCACCUGUGCUGCGGCCAGCUUCUCUGGGCUAUCUGUGCCUUACCUCCAAGGGAGUCUUCGUCAGGGACAUUCCCUGGUGUCUGCCUACUUUAUAAACCCCAACCUCACUGGGUAGGAGGCAUCUUCUCGUACUUACAAACUAGAGCAAAUGGUCAGGAUCUAUGGAAAAGAUCACCCUAACCUUUCGGUGACUUUUAAAUUCUCCGUUGUGGUGGUCCUCGUGAAAAUAACAGAUGCAUUUUUUUGUAACUCCCUUUGAGCCUCCUUCAGGAGGAAAAGAUUCCUCUGUGGUCUGUCAUUCAAACCAGCUAACUGCUUACCACAAAAGUGCUUCUUCUAACUUUGGCCUAUUUUCAUAUAGCAAGUUUUGGAUAGUUUUGACUUUUUAAUAAAAAUUUCUCUAAGUUAUAUAAACAGUUAUAUAUCAUUUGAACAGCUAAAGGAUUAAAAGAUUUUUAAAAAAAUAUCUUCAAAAAAAUUACAUAUUACUGUUUGCAUGCUAUUUACUACUGUACACUGCAAAAUAGCCUGCCUACCAGUCCCAUUCAUGAAGACCUGUAAUAUCAAGGGAUCGUGGGCCAACACUGUCGGACUUGGGAUACUUGUGUGAGAGGCAGAACUGUUCGUUUGCCUCAUUGCUCUCUUCAGUAUAUGCUGAUACUGAAGAAGGAAGCAGGCAGCUCCUGUGGGCCAUAGCUUCCUAGCCUGAAAUAUCAGGAAGCACCUUGUUUUGCAAAUGCCUAUGAAUUGGAGCAACCUGACACUUUCUACUGGCCCUGGAAGUUGGUUGUUGACAUUUACAAUGUCCUCUUUGAGGCUCUCAGUUUACCUGGAGAAGUCCAAAAAUAACAGCUUCCUUUCCCACCACCUGUCUUCGUCUCAGCCCUUAGCUGAAUCAUUCUGUCAGCCCAUAAUGUCCCACCCACUGCUCUCUAUUUCCAAGUUUAUUUUAGAAAACUUUGAACCACUGUCUGUCCAGGUUCCUGAGUUUAUUAGAGGUGUAUGGACUGUUUCAACUCAGGACUCAAGUUGUAUUUGCAUUUUGAAUUUUAAAAUGAUGGUUUUGUCUGUUGACCUUGGACUACUGAGGACCAGGAAACCCCGUACCCUGGGGAAAAUCUCUUCUCAGAUGUAGAGGGACAGUGCUUUUGGUCCAGUUCCCUCUGUCCAAUACCGAAUGGUCGUCCUUUUGCUGCCUUAUGAAUUCAUAGGCUACAGUUAAAUCACUUGGAAGGGGAAAAGCCUAGAAGGAGCCCUGGGGUGAGAACACCAGUGCAAGAGCAUUUCCCAUAGCGUCCCCUUCUGAUAAUGUACAUAAUAAAGUAUGUGUGCUUUAAUUCUC